CGCACACACACUUCUUGAGCGAGACUGUGGCUCUCUCGGGGAGCAGAGCAGACUCGCGGGGGCAGUCGCCACAGAAAAGGAAAGACAGCGCUGAGGUGUCACCAGAGCCAUAGAAGAUGGUGUUGAAGCCAAGGUGAUGUCAUGGACCAGUACGAAUCAGCCACGCAGACAGAAAGCUGUUUAACACACAUCAUAGACAUUUCAACAGCCAAGGAUAGUGCUGAUUUGCAAUUCUCAGUAUCAGCAUUUGUCAAGAGACAAAUGUUGUUCAACCAACUUCUAGCAAGACUUUUUUGAUGAAUGUUGUUGUGAAUGGGAAUGCUGGUGUAGUCAAGUCCCAGGAGAGAUGAAAUCUAUGGUUAGUUGGGUUGAGGCCCAGCAGGAACAGCAAACAGUCAAGUAAAUUAGUAGCUAAGACAGACGAAAUACUGGGAGAGAGAGGGAAACAGGAUUAAGUCACAUUUGACCAUAGGGACCCGUAGAUUAGAUUGUAUGCACUUUAAUAAACGGGAGCACCCAAACGCACGGAGUGAACAUAUUUAAUAACAUUACUUAUGAGCCUAAGUCUUGUAAUUCUUCAUUCAAUGCAACAACUGAGACAUCUCAUCAAGUUUAAAACUGAAAAGAAAACUAUGGUUCACAUAAAAGGUCCAGCAAUGAUGUCAUCAGAUUGUCUCCAGUGAAUCACCAGCGAUAAUGUUGUCAAACGUGAUGCUGGGUGUCCUCCUGUCCCUCCUCAUCCUUCUUACUGUCGGCGGUAACGUGCUGGUGUGCCUGGCUGUCUGCGCCUCUCGACGCCUCCGCUGCCUCACUAACUGCUUCAUUUUGUCACUGGCUGUCACAGACCUGCUGCUCGGCCUCUUGGUCCUCCCCUUCUCUGCCCUCCUCCAGCUCAACGACGAUUGGCCGCUUGGCCCGGUCUUCUGCAACUUCUACAUCUCCAUGGAUGUCAUGCUGUGCACUGCCUCCAUCCUCACACUCCUGGCCAUCAGUGUGGACCGCUACCUGGCAGUGACCAUGCCUCUGAGAUACGCCUCACUGGUGUUGCCAUGGAGAGUUGCUGUGGCCAUGGCCAGUGUUUGGAUAGUGUCUGUGGCCGUUUCUUUCUUGCCCAUCCAAAUGGGGUGGAAUACUGUUAAUGGGACAGUGCAGAACCGCGGGCCUUGGGCUCCAGAGAGGAAAUGUCGUUUUGAGCUGAACAGACCCUAUGUGCUGACUGACUCUCUUCUCACUUUCUAUCUGCCUCUGAUUGCUAUGUGCUGGACCUACCUCCGAAUACUCCGCAUUGCAAGGGCACAGGCCAAACGCAUUAUCAGUGCCCGGCCCACUUGCAUCACUACCUACAACUGCAGGAACAAUCCUUCCACCAGUACCACUGUGGUUUCCAGUGUUACAGCAGUGGCUCUGCGGGAGCACAAAGCCACAGUGACACUGGCUGCAGUGAUAGGGGCUUUUGUGGUGUGCUGGCUGCCGUAUUUCAUUCUGUUCACAGUGUUGGGCCUAAAGGAGCAUCCAGACCCUAGCACAGUACCAGAAUUUCCCAUUGUGUUGUGGCUGGGUUACACCAACUCAGCCCUCAACCCUAUCCUCUAUGGAGCCCUCAACAGGGACUUCAGGUCAGCCUACGCCCAUCUACUGAGAUGUCGAUGCCCCACUUACAGUGGUUGGAGGAGCCGGCAGCCGUCUCCCACUGUAACAGCAGCCAGAGGAGAGCUUACAGAGGUGACACUGCUGUGUGGCCACACCCCUUCUACUUGUAGAGCUGGUCAAACAGAUGAAAAUUUCAUGCUUCAAGAAAUGGACAGCAGGACAGCCACAGCAACUAUCCAAUUUGCAAAUGGCACUUCUGCCACAGAUGUCAAUGGCAAUGAGAGGUCGUGCUGAGCUUGUGCUGGUGAGGUGGAUGCUGUGUUCACUAUACUGUGGUUGCAACCAAGAACCAGAAUCCAUCAGCCAUCAAGAAGACAGACAAAAAGAGCGACAGAGAUUUACAGCCCCUCUAUUUGGAAGCCUUCAGUGCCACAGUAUAAGCACCUAUAAUACACCAUCAAUCAAUCCAUAAUCUAACAAACAAAAAUGGGAGAAAAUGGGACCUCAGCAACUCCACACCUCAUCAGCAACCUUCAUCCGCCCAGGAACAAACAAAUGAUGAUGCUUCUACAUGGAUGGGGCUAAAAGUCUAGCAUCCAACCAUCAAACGGGGUAACAUGUGGCCCUGAUAUGCUCUUGAACUAACUGCAGAUUGUAUUUAAGCUCUGGAGGACUAAACAAGACCAGGCAAUUAACUUAUUGGUCAUCAAUUUUAUGAACUACAUUUUUUAUCUAUUUUUUAUCAUGACUCAAGAGUGCACUCCAGUGGAAACACGAAGUAGCACAACUUUAACCUGGACAAAGUAAAUGGGAAUGCAUGUUUCACAAAAUGAGGGAAUGGAAGGGAAAAGGUGAUAAAUGGACUUUAACUACAUUUAUUAUCACUUAAUGUGGAAUGUGUUGAAAUGUGUGAAAUUUAAAUGUGUAGCAUGCAAACUAAUGUUAUGUAUCUAUUUUGAAAAAUGCAGUCGCCUCCAGACUUCGUCUUUACUGUUGCACAUUCAGUGGCGUAAAGCUGGAAAAUGCAUGUAUUGUUAUCAUACUGUAAAAGUAACUGUGGACUGAAAACAUGGCAUGUACCGUUCCUCCAAAACAGAAAAUUACAACCAUACUGUACCAAUAAAGAGCAUCUUAAAUAAAGAAUACAAUACA